CUGGCUGAGAUUCCCGGUUUUCACCACUUAAAAUCUCGACUUUUAUCCUUCCCGCUGCAGGGCUCGUCGCGGUUUUACAGGGUCUACGGCCAAUUGCUGCGGGCGGUGCCACAUCAAACCCCAUCAAACUGGCCUUCAGACGGCCAACUCUUGAAUAUUAAGACCUCCAUUUUAUCAUCCUUCACGGCGUCUUCCCCGACCACCGCCAAUUCUUCGACGAAAGUUCUUGGCCCUUUCCAACGUUUGAAGCUUUUUUUUUUUUUACCCGGCGACACGGCGAGCGGCACGAGUAACGGCAGCCACCCGGCACCAAACCUACCGAGUGACAUCAACGUGCUUGGCUUGGCUUCCUCGGCCGAGUGA